AUGAGGGGAACAAACGAUGCAAUGAUUUAUGUGCUGGUUUGGGUAGAUGGAAUCAUCAUUGGGUGCAGAUGUCAAGACGAAGUUGACAAGCUGAGGAGCCGUUUCUCCGAACGAUUCAAGAUCGAUGACAGGGGCACAUUGUACUGGUUCCUGGGAAUCCAGGUCAAGCAGUCACCUGGGACGGUAACAGUAUAUCAAUCUCAUUACAUCUACGAUUGCUUGGAGCAAUUUGGCCUUGCUGAGUGCAAACCAGUGGGCACACCAGCGGACAUCAGCGCACAAUUGUCGAAGAAGGGCUACCUUGAAGCUGGGUCAGCAGAGGCAGUAUCCAUGAAGGCUGAGGACUACAGAGGCAUUGUGGGCUCAUUCUUGUACAUAGCUAAGCAAACAAGGCCUGAUAACCUAGCUACUGUGACUCGUUACCUGAAGGGGAGCAAAGAUCUGGAGCUGUGGUACACUAAGGAAGCUGGUGGUGUAAAACUAUAUGGACCCGCAGAUGCUGACUAG